GGCGGGUGGAGAAGGGCGCAGGCCUGGGCGAGUCCCGGCUGGCGGAGGCCGGCACCGGCGGGGCGGGGGCGGCGGCCAGCUGCACGCGAGCUCGGCGGUCAUGUCUCGCCAGGCGAAGGAUGACUUCUUGCGGCACUACACAGUCUCCGACCCCAGGACCCAUCCCAAGGGCUACACCGAGUACAAAGUAACCGCGCAGUUCAUCUCAAAAAAGGACCCAGAAGACAUCAAAGAGGUGGUGGUAUGGAAACGGUACAGCGACUUCCGCAAGCUCCAUGGAGACCUGGCCUACACACACCGCAACCUCUUCCGGCGCCUGGAGGAGUUCCCUGCUUUCCCGCGGGCCCAGGUGUUCGGCCGGUUCGAGGCCGCUGUGAUCGAAGAGCGGAGAAAGGGAGCGGAAGACUUGCUUCGCUUCACCGUACACAUCCCGGCGCUCAACAAUAGCCCCCAACUCAAGGAGUUUUUCCGGGGUGGGGAGGUGACUCGGCCCUUGGAGGUAUCCAGGGACCUACACAUCCUGCCAACCCCUCUGGUCCCCGCCCCGCCCCUGGAGGAUCCCCUGCUGCCCCAGCCGCUCCCUGCAGAAAGGAGGGGCCAGGAGGAACUGGAGGUUCCAGCGGACCCCCCACCAUCUAGCCCCGCCCAGGAGGCCCUGGAUCUUCUCUUCAGCUGUGGCAGCGAGGAGGAGGCGUCGGGUUCCCCUGCCCGAGGAGGUCUCCUCUCUGAGGCCGAGCUUGCCCUCUUUGACCCCUUUUCCAAAGAAGAAGGUGCCGGCCCCAGCCCCACUCACAUAGGAGAGCUCACGGCCAUGGAGGUGGAGUCCAAAAGACUGGACCAGGAGCCCUGGGAACCAGGAGGGCAAGAGGAAGACAAGGAAGAAGGGCCAACGCCUGCCUACCUGAGCCAGGCCACGGAGCUCAUCACCCAGGCCCUCCGGGAUGAGAAGGCGGGCGCCUACCCUGCGGCCCUCCAGGGCUACCGAGAUGGCGUGCACAUCCUGCUUCAGGGAAUGCCCAGUGACCCAUCCCCUGCCCGGCGGGAAGGUGUGAAGAAACGGGCUGCCGAAUACCUAAAGCGGGCAGAGGAGAUCCUUCAUGGGCACCUGUCCUAGGUGCCACCCUGAGGGAGGGGGUACUUCCUGGAAUGCCAGCUCCGGCACUGCCAGCUUCCCUCUUCUCUCCGCAGAGCCUGCCCCAAAUUACUGCUCCUAUAACUCCAGGGAUUACAUAUCUGGAUGUAACUGGACUAAGGAUGAAGAAAUAAUGACUUCUCAGCUUCCAGCCUGCCUCGUUGGAAUCAGAUUCACACUUCUGAUUCUGCCUGUCUCCAUGCCCAUGUUGUCAGCAGCAGCUCUGGGUACAAACUAUCAGUUUACCCAUCUGGAAUGGGGGUCUGCAACAUGUAGCCUACAGCCAGAUUUGGCCCACUGCCUUUUUUUUUUUUUUUAAAUAAGGCUCAUGAGCUAGAUUUGAUUUUUACAUUUUGUAAAGGGUU